UUCAAACUUAUUCUACUUCUCCCAUCUAUUGCUCUAUGUUUUUUUAUUCAUGCACUUCCAACCGGAGGUGUUCGGCUGCUACCAACUAUUCAAAAGUUGAAGGGAAAUGUUUCAGUACCACACAAUUUCGUCCAUGGCCCGACCAAACAAAAUCAGGAAAGCUUGAAUUCAAACUCCAUCGAGGCAAUAACUUUUGGACAUCAUCCUAGUAUAUGGGACAAGCCAUUUUAUGCUACACACUUAAUAUCUUAUGGAGGUCCCGAAGGCCACUACUAUGGCUUUCAGUCCACCAUGGGUGUGUACAACCACAAAUUAACUUUCGGGCAGUGGAGUUCGGCUGGAAUUUGGGUCUAUCAUGAUGGAGAUGGUGUGAAAUCAAGCUAUAACUCAAUUACAGUUGGAUGGCAUAUUUAUCCAGAACACUAUGGAGACUCACAUCCACACUUCUAUACCAAAUGGACGAGAGAUGGACACGAUGAAACUGGAUGCUUCAACAUGGACUGUCCUGGUUUCGUACGGGUGAAUGGCGCUGUUAUAGCGCCAGGUGAUGCUAUACGACCGGUUUUUGAUGUUCCGGAUGGGUUCAUACCAAAGAUCACACUAAGAGUGCUUAAGGACAAAACAAGUGGAGACUGGUGGGUGUACUAUGGCUUGAACAAUGUCCCCACAGGGGUGGGAUACUUCCCAAGGUCAUUGUUCACGUACUUAGCUCAUGAGGCAAAGCAAAUGGGUUUUGGUGGUGCUGUGGUUGCCAAACUGCAGGAUCCAACUCCUCCGAUGGGAAGUGGUUACUUCCCACAUGAUGGACAGGGUCGCGCCGCAGCUUUCACCGAUCUUCGAAUCAUUGAUCAAGAAGGAAAGAGCAAGCCCAUCAUGGUAGACUUACCCAAGCAUGUUACUGAUGAAAAAUGCUACACCAUUACUCCUAUUAAUAAUGGUGAAUUCCUUUAUGGCGGGCCUGGAAAUUGUAUGAAAUAAUGUAACAACCUUUUAUUGGCCAUGAUCGCUCCACAUU